GAAGAAAGCACAGUCUCAUUCGCUCGUUGUUUGCAUCUGAACUAACACAGACCACGAUGAACUCGCUGGUGGUGUUGCUUUCCGUGGUGGCGUUGGCCGCAGCCUCGCCGACUGGCCUUCUGUUGGCUCCAUCAGCCAUCGUUGCUCCUGCAGCUGUAUCGCACCAGUCACGCAUUGACAUCCAAUCAUCUCCAGCUGUAGUGAGCACCUACGCGUCGGCGCCCAUCGCCACCGCUGCCAUCGCGACUCCGGCGUUCUACGCGGCUCCUGCCGCUAUCGCCGCUCCCGCCCUGGUUGGUGCCCACCUCAUCCACAAGCGGUCGGCUCCUCUCAUCGCGGCCCCAGCUUUGACCAGCUACGUGGCAUCUCCCGCGAUCACGACCUACGCGUCUGCUCCGAUCGCCACCGCCGCCAUUGCUGCUCCUGGAUUGGCUUUGGCCGCACCUACUGUCAUCAAGUCCGCCAUCGCCGCCACAGUUGCCUACGCCGCGCCCGCAGCCAUCGCCGCUCCUGCCGCUGUGUCGCACCAGUCCCGCAUUGAUAUCAAAUCCUCCCCAGCUGUAGUGAGCACUUACGCGUCUGCACCCAUCGCGGCUGCUGCCAUCGCUGCUCCAGCCGUCUACCCUGCUCCUGCUGCCAUCGCCGCACCUGUUGCGAUCGCCGCUCCUUCUGUGCCCCUCGACACACCUGAGGUCAUCGCCGCCCGUGCUGCUCACUUUCAGGCUAAGGCUCUGGCUGGUGCUCACCUCAUCCACAAGCGGUCAGCUCCUCUCAUCGCUGCUCCAGCUUUGACCACCUACGUGUCGUCUCCCGCGAUCACCACCUACUCGGCUGCCCCCGUCGUGCACUCGGCUCCCCUUGUCCAAACCUACUCAUCCCCCAUCCUGAAGGCUUACAGCGUGCACCCAUGGUGAGCGCCACUACGGAAGCGAGGAGCUCAGCUCCUCGGUUCAGAACUGACAAAUGACUGAGAAACAGUCGUGUAAAUAAUAAAUAAAAUUUAUUAAAAAAA